CGCGGCCCCCUGGGGCGCGUAGUUCCCGCCGCCCGGCGCCGCCGCCGCGCUGCCUCCUGGGAGCUGUAGUCCGCGGGCCGCGCGGCCAUGGCGGAGGAGGGCGAGCGGAAGGCCGCGCUGGAGGUGGUCCAGGCAGAUGGGACAGAUGGAAACUGUGUCACAUUUGUGUUGCAUGAUGAGGAUCACACGCUUGGCAACUCCCUCCGAUAUAUGGUCAUGAAGAACCCGGAUGUGGAGUUCUGUGGCUACUGCAUCACUCACCCCUCUGAAAGCAAGAUUAACUUCCGGAUCCAAACCAGGGGGGCCCUUCCUGCCAUUGAGCCAUUCCGAAAAGGGCUGAACGAUCUGAUGGGAGUUUGCCAGCACGUGCUCAACACCUUUGAGAUCUUAUCCAUAGUAACCUCUGGUCACUAGACCUGUCAGUCUUCUCCAGGUCAUCCAGACUAUGAGAGCACUGACCCAAAUGAGCCACCGGCAAGUCCCCUACUUGCACACUGAUCCUCUCCUAUAUGACUCCUGCUGUGGAGUCCUCGACAGCCAGGACUAUAUUCCGGAUUUAUGCAAUGCAACGAGGACCCCGAAAGAGAAAGCUAUUGGCUCAACCUGUGACCUAACCACCAGCCAUUUCAGGUGAGUAUAAGGUAGACUUUCAAAGCAGCCUUGUUAGAUAGAUUGCAUCCUAAUUACUGCCUGUCGCUGGGACCCAUUGACCUGAGAAGAUCUGACACCUCCAAGGGCUUCCUCAUUGUGUGGCCCAAUAUACAGACCCUUCUUUGAAGCAACAAGUCAAGAGGUUUCUAACUACUGGAAAGACUCUGGUGAUGUACAUGGCAGCAGAUGGAGAGGUCAGUGCAUCUCGUCUGUCUUUUACCACCCUCCCUUCCAGCCACCAGCACUGAGCAGCUGCCCCGACACCUCCUGAGCAGUCUAGACCCACUGCUCAGGUGAGUGCAUGAAUCUUAGUACCAACAGAGGAGCAAUGGCAGAGAUGUUGGUCUGGAGCAAAUCACACUGUAGCAGCUGCUUGCAACCAAGCAGUGCUGGCCCUGAAUAGGAGGAGAAGGCCUGCCACAUCCUACCAGGAGACUGCUAGGAAGUUAGGUUAUCUGAAGCUGAAUUUGUCACAGUUUGGGAUGGAGCAGAAUCUGAGUGAGGCCUGGCAUUGGGCUUAAUUUGACACUGGCUUACCCACUGCUGUGCUCUGAAGUGAUUGUUUUCAAGUCACAGACUCGAUUUGUCUGUGAAUGUGGACAAAUAUAGAAAUAUGUAGAAUUCACAUUUUUUUAAAAGCGCAAUCAUUUAAAAAUUCCUCCUGCUCAGAAGACAUCUAUGCUGAAACAUUUCAGGAUUUAUCAUUUUUCUCCAUUGACUUCAUUUGUGAAAUGCAGCCAGCUCUGGCACUGUUAAAUUGAUACAAACAAAUCUAUUCUAGUAGGUAUGUAAGACUGUAGAAAACAUUCUGGUCUACAUGUUUUCCAGUCCUUCUGUUUUCAUUGAAACCUGUCUGUCUUUCCAAAAUAUGAUUUUUUUUAAUAAAACAUUUGCAUUUUGGUGAAAGUGAAGCUAAAAAAAACCCCACGACUUGAAAAUAUUUUGCUUCAUUUGCAGGUCUUUUCUCAUCUCCCUUUUUCCUUUUUCCCUUUUUUCAGUGACAAGAGGAAAAAGGGAAAGAGGAAGGAAGGAGAAAAGAGGUAAAAGAAAAAAACAGCAGAAAAGCCAUCAAAAUCUUGGUUACUAAAACUUUCUCAUACAGGUUUUCUUGGCCUUUCAGCAAGAGAUGCAAGCACAAUGGUUCCUAGAAAGUCAUGCUGGGAAAAGCACUUGGGGAUUAAUUGUUUUAAGGAGUAAAUUUGUGAAAGGUCUGCCGUAUUUCAGUUAGCUCCAGCAGCAAUUUGAGCUGGGAUCAGACCUUCCCCGACACCUUUUCCAGCCUAGUUUGGCCCUGAGAACGUGCAUCUCUGUCCUUUUUACAAAUUGCCUGAAGCUCAGUAACAUGGUGCUGUGGCCAAAACGUACUGAAGUUCACCCCCACUGCAGCCCUGCCUUGCUAGCAGAGGGAAGAUGAAAUCCUGGCACCAAAACCCAGGUCACCUGUUUUUUCCUGUCAGAGCUAUGGCCUUGCAGGCAAUCCCCUUGGAAGCCAAUGACUGAAGGAGGCUGUGGGAUUUCCAGCUGUUCGAGACUGCAGAGCAAAGCCGGAUGCUUCUCUGGAAGGGCUCAACUUGACCCUCUCACUUGCAUCCUGUGUCAGGCAAAGAAUUAACUGCUUCUGGUUACAAAGGGGGCUUGAAAGGUAAGGGCUGGUUGCUUGGUUCCCGCCUUAUCCAGAUUCAAGCAAUCUCUGCCUUCCCUUUACUGGACUUAGAAACUCUUCCAUGGAGGGACAGCACUUUGGGCCAGCUUUAAUGCCUGGCUAGAAAGCGGCUAACCUGUCCUUGGGGAGGAGGAAGCUGGAGCAGAUGGUUUGGUUGGAUGCUGCCAUUAGCUUUACCAAGGAUCUCCGGUCUCCCAAGCGUUGCUGUCACACACACAUAAUCAUUUUGUUGUGCCUUACACAGGUGGGGUGAACUUCAUCCUCAGGAAGAGAGCGUGGGCUAGAUUUCCGAGGACCAGGUAGAGAGGACAAUAGCCUCCAGCCCUCUGUUAGUGCUCCCCAGGGCAGGUUGGUCACACGAUGAAGCUGAGUUGCUGCCCAUCCCUCCAUAUCAUGGCUGGAGAUUUCAGGCCAUUGGUUUCAAUAAGACCUAUGUGGUGCCUAGGUCUUAUGCUGGCUGGCUGCCCAGGGACAAACUGUCCCAGGAACAAAGAGAGAGAGGGUAAGAGAUGUAGCUUUGGCUUUGCUUUCGCUUUCUCAGCUGGAAAUUGUCAUUCAUGUUCUUCACGCUCUCCUUCCCAUCCCACAUCCAUGUCAAAGUGAUCACAUCUCAACCUUUCUUCCCUUUUCACACACAUCUCUUCCCCACCCCAUGUUUCCACUUAGGACAAAUGGCUGUAAGUCACUUGGUUUUCCUACAAGGAAAUGAAAAACCCUACAAGGAUCUGAAUCCCCUUCUUCCCCUUCCCUCAGAGGCAACUCAAACCAGAGGAUGGACAAGUGCAGCUCAGAGGCUGUAUUCAGAGCUAGUCCUGGGGUCAGUGAAUUGCUGCAGCUCCUUCCAGGCGGGUUAUAACAGGAAGGCAAAAACGAUUCAGGCCCAGCCAGGAAAUGGCUGUGCAAGAGAAAUGGAGAUGUCCUGCCAUGUUGUCACAGUGCCUUCUCCUCUCUGCCCUGUGGGCAGUUCAUCUUUAGGAAGAGCUGUACUUGUUACUCAAGCGGGAGCUGCUCCGGUCCAGACCAAGCUCCUGCCCAUUGGUUUUCCACUUCCCAACAGAGCCCUUCUCAUCUGUUGGCGUGAUGCUCAGAGCUGGUCUCUGGCACCAGCAGCACAGACAAGACUGUGAAGAGACAAGAGGGUGGAGAGAGAAGUUACAAACCUGGGUUACAGGACAAUAGAGGGAGAAAUAUUCCCUUAGUGAUGUUGGCAGGUCAACCUGCACAACAUUAGGCUGGGAACUGUAGGUUGCACGUUCUGAGCCCAGUUCUCCUACAGAUCUGGUCAGAGUGGGUGUUUCAAAGUAACCAUAGGGCUGAUGUGGAUUGGAAACAAAGAUCCCAGAUCUCUGGGGAAAUCUUGAAAACUUUGGGUACUUUUUGCAGUUGUGUUUUCUCACCCUUGCAGGACCAAAAAUAUGGAUAAAGCUCAACUGGGCUCAACUCCUCUUUCUGCCACAGCAGCUGGGAGGUGAUUCACGUCCCAUCUCAUCCCAUCCCGUCCCGUCCCGUCCCAUCCCAUCCUCCCUCUCUUCCUUUCUCAGGGCUCGACUGCUCCUGAGAAUUAUCUCUGGGUAACUUAGGCUGGAAUUUUAAAGCAGACCCACUCCCUACUUCAGUGCUGUAUGGGGACGCUCCUGAUCCAGAAUGACUGUUUUUUUUCCUCUGCUUUUUGAAGAACUAGUUCUGGGGUAACUUCACAGACACACCAGAGUUUACGGGUGUCUCUUCCUUGUAGGGC